AUGACGAAGGAAUUCUCCACACUCUAUGAGAAUCUGCGGGAGGCUCACAGUGAAGAUUUACUGUGUGAUGAAGUGCUGGAAGAUGUUCAGCAUGUGAAUCUGAAGCCAGAAUUGCGUCCUUAUCAAAGGGAUGCCGUGAAGUGGCUUCUCCACCGGGAACUGGGCAGAGAAUACCUCCCGUCGGACUAUGAGGAGGUGUUUGCCAACAAUUUGAGCAAUCAGGUAUUCUUCUACAAUCCCCAAUCGAUGGACAUUGUGGACGGCGUUCCGGGAGCCAUCGAAAUCCCCACGGGCGGCAUUUUGGCGGAUGAAAUGGGUCUGGGAAAGACUGUUGAGAUGCUGGCGCUCAUUCUCAACAAUCCCCGGAGUGACGUUGAGAAGCCGGAUGAGAUGAGCUUUGAUCUGGACGAUGAACCACUGGCAAGAAGAGCAGAUUUGAUGCACAGAAAGAUUCAGUGUCUGUGCAAAGGGAGGAGCAAAGUGAGGAAUAGAAGGCAGAAGAAUGAGUUGAUAAAGUGCUCAAAGUGUGGCAAAAGCCAGCACAUGAGAUGUGUGGGCUGGAGGACGCAUGAUCAGUGCGAGAAAUACAUUUGCCCGGAAUGCUGGAAGAGUGAGCCUCUGGUGCAGUCCAAAGCCACAUUUAUUGUCUCUCCGGCGUCCAUCAAGAGGCAGUGGGAGACUGAAAUUGCCCGUCAUGUGCGUGAUUCCAACUUCCGUGUGCUUGUGUACGACGGAGCGACGAAUUCUGGCUGGAUUGAUCCGCUGGUGAUGGCAGAAUAUGAUGUCGUCUUGACGGACUACAAUGUGAUGAGCAGUGAAAUUUACUACACGACAGAGAAUCAGUGGAACAAGAGUCUGCGACAUGAGAAGAAGCACAUGAAUCCCGUGUCGCCACUGCCGUGUAUCCAAUGGUGGCGAGUGUGUCUGGAUGAGGCGCAAAUGGUGGAGGCUUCAGGCUCUCAGUGCGCUAAGAUGGUGAAAUGUCUGCCGACAGUGCAUCGCUGGGCGGUGACUGGAACGCCAAUUCAGAAGCACAUCAGCAAUCUCUACGGCUUGAUCUUCUUCCUGGACGUCUAUCCGUAUUCGGAGAUGAAGAUGUGGCUGAAGCUGGCCAAUCCCUUCACACUGGGCGAUUGUGGACCUCUUGUGAAGGUGCUGAGGAAGAUAAUGUGGCGCACGUGCAAAUCCAUGGUGUGGGAUCAGAUUGGCAUUCCGCUGCAGAAGGAGAUUGUGCAUUAUGUGGUGAUGUCGGAUUUGCAGACGUUCUUCUACAGGAGUCAACACUCGCUGUGUCGCGAUGCCUUCGUGCAGAAGGUGAAGCAGGUGGGUAGUUCGCAGACGAUGAUCAGGAUGAAUGCUCACAUCCUGAACAAACUGCUGGAGCCGCUGAGGAAGCUCAGGCUGGAUUGCACAGUUCCCAGUUUGAUAAGAAGUCACAAAUCCGAUCAGACGACAGUGAAGAAGAUUCUAUCGCCCAACGAAUUGCACGUUCAUCUCGUGGGGAACAAUGAGAAUGAGGCAAAGAGUCAAUUGAGAGGCAUUGCGUCGUCUUUCAACGCCUUGGCGGGCAUCGCCAUGAUCAGGGGUGAUCUGGAGGAGGCUGAGAAGAUGUACAAGGCAGUGCUGAGGAGGGCAAAAGACUAUACGGGGAAUAUUUCUGUGGACUCUCUCCUUCAAAUCCAUGCGCUGCACAACUUGAUUGAGGUGAAUGAGUGCAAGAGUCAGGAAGAGGAUGAUUGGAAAGUGCAGAAGCAGAAUUAUGAGCAAGAACUGAAGCAACUCGAGGCGAAAUACAUCAAUUCCUAUCGCAUGAUGAUGAAGCAGGUGAACAAGCAACGCAAGGAAGCCACGAAAGCCCUCAAAGCCAUCGAGGUGAAGAUGUCUUCGGUGGAUGGAAGUUGGUGGCGAGAUAUCUUUUCCGCCAUUCACAGCACAGCCAGAGAAUCAGCGUUGUUGGAGAAGAUCUACUUGGACGUGCAGAAGCACUUUGGGAUCAAUUUGGAAGAUGAUGUGAGGACAGCUCAUGGAAUUGACUAUAAGCUGACGAUGUGGCUGGAUAAAGUCUUUGAGUGUCGCUCUGAAGUCAGAGAGGCGUUCGAGCAGCUCAAAUUCUUCAUGCACUAUGUCAAUCCUGAGCGUGUAAUUACAGCGGAAGUGCGACAGAAGAUUGAUAAGCUAAUCCGUGAGGCGUUCGAUUGUCACUUGGAUCGCGCGAAGAGCGAAGAAUCUGAUGUACCUGAGAAGUCCAAGCCAAAGAAGAGGCGCAAAGUGGUUUGUGAACUGUGUGAAGUGAAGAUGAAGCUGAGAAAUUGGGAGUGUAUAAUCUUCGAUAAGAUCUUCCUGGAAACGCUGAACAGUGUCCGUGGCAGCUGGAAUCCUUCGGUUGAGGAGGUGAUUGUGAGAACGAUCUUGGCGCACGCGAAGAAGGAUAACAUCGCGCGGGAGUUGAUAGGCGAGGCGGAAUCGCACUUGGAGUACAUUGAGGCGCUGAAGAAGGAGUACAAGGAGUACAGUCAACUGUGGUCUGAGAUUGACUACACUGUGUCAGCGUGUGAUGAGCUGAAGAUGUGCAAAUCGCGACUGGAGGCAAUUCAUCCGGGGGAAUUGGAGAAGGGCGAGAAGAAGUCGUCAACGCAGAUCUUCUUCUACGAACUCGAUGAUGCAGCUGAACAAUUUAAGAGUGACUUGCAGAUGGCCGAAAAGGAGUUUGUUCGGAUUUGGGGAGUUCUCAAGUAUCUCAAGCAUUUGCAGAAGAACUCAGGCCCGGAAGUUUGUCCAAUUUGCACACAAGUUCCAGAGGAGAAGUAUUCUGUCCUGGAGUGUGGACAUCAUCUCUGCAUGAUUUGCAUGGUGCAGAUGAGGAAGUUUCACAGACACUUCUUGACCUGCUCCGUUUGUCGAUAUCAGCAGAAGUACAAGGAUGUCUACUAUGUGACUCUGAAUCGGAUUGAGGCGGCUCAGGAGGUGUGCGUGAAGGGAGAACACUCGAAUAAGAUCUGCGACAUGAUCAAGUUGAUUCUCACGCUGGUAAAGAAUGAGCCAGAUGUGAAGAUUCUUGUCUUCUUUCACUGGGACGCAAUUUUAUCCGUGUUGAAGAGUGCUUUGGAGGAGAAUGGCGUGAAAUAUGUGUCGGCAAAGUGUUCUAAAUUCAAUCAGGCGAUUAAGGAGUUCAAGGAUCAGAGUCUUGGCAUCACCUGUCUUCUCUUGCCACUUGCCUAUGGCAGCAAAGGACUGAAUCUCGUGGAGGCGACGCAUGUCAUCCUGCUGGAGCCAAUAUUGAAUCCGGGCGAGGAGAAGCAAGCCAUUGGACGAGUGCACAGAAUUGGCCAGACAAAACCCACUUUCGUGCACAGAUUCAUCGUGCUGGGAACGAUUGAGGAGACCAUUUAUAAGACCAUCUCGAGCGACACCACCGGAAAAUGGGCAGCGCGCAAUGUGACAACGGAAAACCUGAUGGAACUCUUUGAACUGCCCUCGGGAGAAGAAGUAAUGGACUGGGAUGAGUAUUUACAAUGAAUUAAGUGUUUGUUUUGCACCUUUUGCACGUAAAUUAUUUUUAGUAAUACAACAAAAACACUGGAUUUCGGUC